AUGGCAUCCGUUUGUCGUAAUGACGGGCUUGGGCGUGUGGAAGCCUUGUUCCGUGACCACCCCUCCCUCUCCCUCCCCUUCCUUUCCUCCCAUUUCCGCUGUCGCCUUACAACCCUCAACUGGUCUGACGUGCUUUGCUUUCUCUCUUAUUUUCCCGCGGGAUUCCCUACAUUCUCUCUCUUCAUUCAAUAUACCUUUCUCCUUCCUCCCUCUUCUUCUUCCCUCCUUCCAUUCCCCUUAUUCCUCUCUCUGUUCGAUUCCCCCUUGAUCCCGAACAAUUCCCUUGGUUACACAUACUCGGGCAAUUGA